CCAUUUACCGACCAAUGUUGAGAACGAGGGGGAAUUCGACCAGGCUCCUUUUCGUGGCUUUUGUGUCUUGCCGCGUUGGCCUAUUCUAAUCAGCCAUUGGCUUCACGAGCGAUGUCUUACUUCUCAGCAUGCGCCAUGGCUCUUUUGGGGGCUCUUGCUGGGGUGAGCACAUGGCACGCAGAGCCUUGAGCUGCAAGGCUCUGGACGACGAGGGCAGCAGCUUUCACCACGGGUGUUAAAAGCUGGCGAUCCUUUAACAAUUGCAUCAGUCCGCCGCGCUGUCCUGCGACCCAUCACAUCGAAAAUUUGACCCUGAUGGAUUUUGGUUGAUAAAUGGCUCCAGAACCUGGCCAAAAGAAGGACUUCACCGCUCAGCCCAACAACCAAUCCGACCUCCGGGAGGCACUUGAGGACUGGUCAGAAAUCGAGACACAACCAAGGCCUAGCAAAGUAUCUGGUCCAACUAGUUGGGGGCCAGAUCAGGGUUCUUUCUUGCUCGUAACAGACCAUCUCGAGACCCCCAAGCCACCUUCCCUAGCAUCACACGGCAGCAUUGUCAAUGACUAUGGAGAUACUAAGCAUCUUGAGGAACAUCGAAAACUUGCCCAACAGGAUGAAAUAGUUGCACAUUCUGGUGCUGCUUUCCAGAAUGCACUAGACCGCCCCAAACCUGGGGAAUCUGAAAUCACUAUAGAUGACGACACUACAAGUCCAGAGACGACUCCUAGUCAGGUGCAUUUUGACCAAUCUACGGAAGAGCAAGAUUUAGGAUUGGCCAUACGGGCGUCCUUUGAAGUCUCUGCGGAAAAGGAGCGAAAGGAAUUCCUACCGCUCGAUGCACUCAACAACAUUGUGACUAGUAAUCGGGUUCGGCGAGAGCUUGAAAAGCUUGGCAUAAUCCCGCCUACGAAGCUGGACCAGUUAACUGACAAGAUCUGGAAAGUAUCCUCCCCUUCAUCCAGCACGAAGACAACAAGGAGGAAGAUCUUGGCAAUCCUCGCUUUGAUUAAGAAAGUGGAGAAGAUAGUGGACUUCAUCGAGGAGGAUCUUUAUGAUAGCGACCUGCCCUUCAUACUCUCAAAUGGGACAAUUCCAGGAUCGCGUCAAUUGGAUAGGAAAGGGAAGAACAGGAAACCCGAAGCUAUCCAGCUUUUCAAUAAAUGGGAAGUACACGAGCUGGAAUCGUUCGAGCACAACCAAUGGCACCUCCUGGCCCCUUAUUUUCAUUUGAGCACUAAAGAGGAUCCCAAAGUAUUGCAUUAUAACUUGGAGAGAAGGAUUAUUCUCCCCUUUGCAGAAGACAACGAAGUAAAGCACGAGGGCGGCGGUUUCGGCGAUGUCUGGAAAGUCACUAUGCAUCCUGCUCACCACAAUUAUUGUCAUGACUCGGCAACGCAUGAUAAGAAUCCUCCUUUUGCUGUCAAACGACUACGCCAUGAUAAUUACGAUGCCUUCAAUGCUGAGGUUUCGAACUUAAAGAGAUUCGCUGCAAAAGAUCACCUUCAUCUCAUUAAGCUUCUGGUCACAUUUCAUUGGCAUGACCAGUAUUACCUCCUCUUUCCUUGGGCGGACGGAAACUUGCUAGACUUUUGGAAGAUGUAUCCCAGUCCAACGGAGCCAAACAGAGACUACCAACUUGCUCUGUGGCUAUCCAAACAGUGCUUGGGAAUCGCGGAGGGGCUAAAGAUGAUCCACACAGCUGAUAAGCCUGCACUGGCUGACCCAACUCAUGACUCUACGUAUCAACUCCACGGACGACACGGAGACCUCAAGCCAGAGAAUAUCCUUUGGUUCAGAUCGUAUCUAAGGGAAUCCAAGGAAGCAGAUCAAAGCUGUCUCAUGGGGUUGCUAAAGAUUUCUGACUUCGGCUUAACCAGUUUCCACAGAACAAUGUCAAGGUCACACAUUGAUGCCGGUGGAGUUCCAGUGUCGCCAACUUAUCGAGCUCCAGAAUAUGACGUCGCAAAGAUGGUUUCACAGAGUUAUGAUAUCUGGAGCUUUGGAUGUGUAGUUCUUCAGUUCGUCACUUGGUAUCUGCUUGGAUGGGAAGAGGUCGACAGGUUCUCCCAAAACCGAACAAAAGAGGACAACUCUGAAGUUAAGGAGGAUGUAUUUUUCAACUUUGUUAUCAUAAAAGAUGGAAGUGGCAGGGCACAAACUGGUGCAAUAGCCAAGCAGUCUGUUGCGGACGAAUUCAGGAGCCUGUGCAACCAUGAAAAAUGUUCUGAAUUUUUGGCAGAUUUGCUGGAGUUCGUCGAGAAGCGGAUGCUGCGUAUGGGUCCGAAGAAGAGGGCUGGAUGUGAUGAAAUUGUGCACAAAUUUGCAGAUCUACACAGGAUGUGUUCAGAGGACCUGGAUUAUUGUACCAAGCGGCUGCAUGUGCCACCCCACCGUGCAGCAACUGACUUGUCAGUGCUGAAAGCCUCUGCCCUCGAUUUUUCUCCUGAGAUGGACAAGCGGAUAAAAAGAGCUGGGUUGCCCGAGCACACUGGACCACUGGAACAUGAUUAUCACACGCCCGAUGCUGAAGAAGAUGGAAAUGGCAGGAAUUCGAAUUCGAAUGAGAUAGUGGGCCCAAUAAACGAAGUCAAAGCAACGACUGGGGGCAAGCAAUUAAAUAGUGUGGCCUCAAUAUCGAGCGACACUGAGUCACAGAACUCAAGACCGCAAUCAUCGAACAAGAAGGUACACUUCUCACAGAAUCUACAGCCACCAAGUCAGGGGACCAGCAAACCUGAGCCUUCAACAGAUGCGUCUGAGAGCGAACAGGAGAACCAGACGAAUUUCAAUCCUAACUUGCGUGAUGGGAAAUCUUCAACCUCGGCUGUCCCAGAGAGUUCCAAUGUUGAGUCCACAGAGAGGUUCGAGUCGAGAAUAACCCCAAUUGAAACAACCGACCUGGGAAUUGAUAUAACAGAACCGGCAAAGCAAGUAAAUGGGGUGGCAAGACAUGGCGAACAGAAAGAUAUCUCGGAGGAAACACGGCAAAAGAACGCGUUGCAAACUUCUGGCGCUAUUGAGAUGAGGGAAAAGCACACAUCUCGCUGGAGGCGGUUCAGCUGCUGCUGCUCUUUCGAAGACGGUUAAUUCCUUUCUGCUUCUCGUAGCGAGGUAGUAAGGCAUCAAAAACUAUUUACCGUCCCGAACGAUAACUCCAUGGCCCAUACUAACUAUAGCAAUUCUCUCGAACUGAAAUGAUUCCACGAUUACGAGUAGUAAUGAGAUCUAUU